UGCAAGUGUCGAAACAGUUACCGUGUCUGGUCGGUGUGUUUGGAAUCUGUUCGAACGCCCCGUGUCAAAAUUGUUUGACAGUCAUGUCAUUUAGCUUUAACUUUGACGUGCAUUCAGUAACACCUAACCGAGGUGGAAACUCUGAUGGACAUGAAUUACAACACGUAAAGGAAGAACGCGUUGGUAAACACAUGGUGGACAAUACAAAACCAGCAGCGUCAAUAAAAGAAGCUAAAGAGCACCAUCCAGUGUCAGACCCACAGUACGUCCUUCACGAUGUCUCUGAAACAGUUACCAUUGGAAGCCUUCCUCCACUGCAUUUUCUCAAUGAAGCUGUGUUUGAGAAGACGGCCUCAGAGAAAGAUGAUGUGGAGAAGAUCCUUUCCUGCACUGCAGAGCAGAGCUCUGAUCUCAUCUCUGGUGUGUAUGAGGGAGGGCUGAAAGUGUGGGAGUGCACCUAUGACCUCCUGGAGUUGAUUGAGAAAGAUAGCAAGUCUUUUGGGGAGAAGAGAGUUUUGGAUUUGGGCUGUGGAGCGGGGCUGCUUGGGAUACUUGCACUGAAGACAGGAGCCAAACACGUCCACUUUCAGGAUUAUAACAGUACAGUUAUUGAACACCUCACACUGCCCAAUGUGAUACUCAACUGCUUGGAUGAUGGAAACGGUGAAGAUGCUAAAGAUAGGGAGGAUAACGGAAAGCUGCUGAGGGAGUAUAGCUGUGAAAAUGAGGUAAAUGAGAAACAGGAGGAUCAGGACUGGUGCCCACCAUCUAAGAAGACAGCCAUGGAUCCAACCCAACAGCCAUCAUUAGCCAGGUGUCGUUUCUUUUCUGGUGACUGGACUACUUUUCUUGCUUUGCUUCUUAAAGAGGACCCACCACCAAUAUAUGACAUCAUAUUGACGUCAGAAACUAUAUACAACACCGCCUACUACCCUACCCUACAUGAGACCCUCCACAGUCUGCUGGCACCAGAUGGACUCAUCUACCUCGCCACCAAAUCCCACUACUUUGGGGUAGGAGGCGGACUUCACUUGUUUGAGAAGUUUGUGGCUCAGAGGGAUGUUUUUUCUCUGGAACACGUGUGGGAUUUGGACGAAGGGCUUCAGAGACACAUAGUCGUGCUACGUUUUAAAACGGCAACUCUUGAAUCCAAGGAUUCAGACUGAAGUAUAUUUAAUGAGUUUGAUUAUAAGAGAAUUUAAUGUAAGUAAGUAAGUAUACUUUAUUUAUAUAGCGCUUUUCACAGACAGGGGUCACAAAGCGCUUUACAAGGUAAAACAAUAAAAAUAUACAGUAAAACACUCAGU